AUGGCGGAGGUCCAGCCCCAGCGCGUCCGACACGUCCUCGGAGCUCCACCCGGCCUGCCCAGGACGGGAACAAUCUUCCGGCCGUGCGCCCGGCGCGAGCCCGUGGAGGCGCUGCACGCGGUGCGCGCCGUGGCCAUCGGCCCAUUCCACUGCGCCGACCGCGGCCUCCCCUUCCCCGACGACGCCAAGCUCCCGUUCAUGCAGUACCUGCAGGAUCAGUGCGGCCUCGACGUGGAUGGAUACGUCGCGGUGCUCUCCCUGGAGCGCGACCGCAUCCACGAUGAGUUCGGCGCCGACAACGACUCGGACGGGGCCACCGUGGAGAUUCUGGAGAACGAGGAGAAGCUGUUGGAGAUGCUGCUGCUGGACAGCUGCUUCGUCCUGGUGGGCAAUGCCGCCGACAGCGUGACGCGGGCGGCGUCCAUCAGCAAGGAUUACUUCAUACUGCACAUGGCCGUGGCGCAGCACGCUGACGACAUCAAGCUUGACAUGCUCGUGCUCGAGAACCAGGUCCCCUUCGGAGCCGUAAAGCUUCUCGCCGCGUCGUGCCCCGGGCUCAAGCUCCGGAACUCCGUCGAGGAGCUCGUGCUCGGAUGCUUCGACGACUUGUGCCCCAAGCGCGCGCGCCGCGCUGGCGACAGCGUGGCCGGCAGCGGCGAGUUCCAUCACUUCCAGCACCUCUUCCACUGGUCCCGCGUGCCCAAGGACAAGUACUUUGUCCUCUCGACGCCACGGACGCUCCUCAAGAUCAAGAAGGAAUCGGAGCGGCUGUUCCCCUGCUCCAUGGAGCUUCGGAGGUCAGCGGUGUGGUUCCGCGAGGCAUCGUCGAGCUGCGGCGACCUGGACAUGUGGUUCUGGCGACACCCGGCGAGCCCCGUGGCCGUGAUGAGCGUCCCGUGCUUCCACGUCCACGAGUACAGCGCGGCGGUGCUCCACAACCUCCUGGCCUUCGAGAAACACUUCUACUGGGAGCACGGCGCGUGCGUGACGGCGCACGUAGCGCGGAUGGAGGGCCUGGUCCGUUGCCCGCAGGACGCGGGCAUGCUCCGCAAGCUAGGGGUCCUUGCCAGCACGCGGGGAGGCAGCCGACGCCGAGGCGGAAAGACGCGCCACGGCGCGCGUGGACAGGCGGCGCAGCCCCGCCGCGUGCGCCGCCGGGGUGAGGCUGAGGCCGGCCAUCUGUCGGUCCACGUCCACCAUUGCAGCAGCCGCCGCUGCCCAACGCCGCCGCCGCCAAGCUUCCUCCUGCCUUGGACAGAGGAGGAGGCGCGGAGAUGA